GGUGGUAGUCAUCGCGUUUCGCGGCCGGAAGGGGAACUGCGCGCUUGAGUUGACCAGGGACUGAGCGUCUCAGAUCUGCUUGGUAAACCUGGUGCACCACCAUGCUGGCCGCAAGACUUGUGUGUCUCUGGACACUACCUUCCAGGGUUUUCCACCCAGCUUUCACCAAGGCCUCCCCUGUUGUGAAGAAUUCCAUCAUGAAAAAUCAGUGGCUCUUAACACCCAGCAGGGAAUAUGCCACCAGGACAAGAAUUGGAAUUUGGCGUGGGAAAACUAGCCAAGAACUCAAGGAGGCAGCUUCGGAACCAUCAUUGGAAAAAAUAUUUAAAAUUGAUCAGAUGGGAAGAUGGUUUAUUGCUGGAGGGGCUGCUGUUGGUCUUAGAGCUUUGUGCUACUAUGGCUUGGGAAUGUCUAAUGAGAUUGGAGCUAUUGAAAAAGCUGUAAUUUGGCCUCAAUAUGUGAAGGAUAGAAUUCAUACCACCUAUAUGUACUUAGCAGGAAGUAUCGGCAUAACAGCUUUGUCUGCCCUGGCAGUGAGCAGAACUCCUGCCCUCAUGAACUUCAUGAUGAGAGGCUCUUGGGUGACAAUUGGUGCAACCUUUGCAGCCAUGAUUGGAGCUGGAAUGCUGGUCCAGUCGAUAUCAUAUGACCAGAGCCCAGGCCCAAAGCAUCUUGCUUGGUUACUACAUUCUGGUGUGAUGGGUGCAGUGGUGCCUCCUCUGACGAUAUUAGGGGGGCCUCUUCUCAUCACAGCUGCAUGGUAGACAGCUGGGAUUGUGGGAGGCCUCUCCACUGUGGCCAUAUGUGUACCCAGUGAGAAGUUUUUGAACAUUGGAGCACCCCUGGGCGUGGGCCUGGGUGUCGUCCUUGUGUCCUCGCUAGGAUCUGUGUUUCUUCCACCUACCACUGUGGCUGGUGCCACUCUGUACCCAGUGGCAAUUUAUGGUGGAUUAGUUCUUUUCAGCAUGUUUCUUCUGUAUGAUGCACAGAAGGUAAUCAAGCGUGCAGAAGUAGUACCAGUGUAUGGAGUUCAAAAAUAUGAUCCCAUCAAUUCGAUGCUGGGAAUCUACAUGGAUAUAUUAAACAUAUUUAUGCGAGUUGCCAGUAUUCUAGCAACUGGAGGCAACAGAAAGAAAUGAAGUGACUCAGCUUCUGACUUCCUUAAUACAUCAGAUAUCUGGCUUGUUUAAUAGGGGCAGAUAUUCUUUAAAUAGUUUGUGCAAGCAGCUUUCGUUGAAGUUUAGAAGAUAAGAACUUGUCAACGUGUUUCAGGUGUUCCAGUAAUGUGAUGCUUCAGGUCUGCUUUUUCUUCUGGAGAAUAAAUUCAGUAGUUCUCUUCCAAAU